AUGCCACCCAAACAGAAACCAAACGGCAAACAAUGCGCUCCCGCUCAGCAGAAGUACUGCGAACGAUGCAAGACCUGGUGGCCGGUGCAAGGCUUUCAUAGCCACGAGCGCUCAUGCAAGAAGAAACUCCACCGGCCGGAUGGAGACAACGCGUUUCAGGCACUUGUUGAUCAACGGGAGGCACAAUACAAUGCCCUCCAAGGUCAUCUGCCUAUGCCUCCUUCCAGCAGUGCUGAAAUUCAGGCGGUAGAUUUUGAGAUGGGUACGGAGUUCGAAGGGAACGCAGGUGACGGUCACCCAGCGUCAUGCAAAGAUACAAGGCCUCAUUCCCCUGAGGAAAUAGAUCGGGAUGAUAUUCCUCCCAUCCCACCCCUCGAUCCUGAUGCAGCUCUUCCACCUGAAGAACAAUUCAUUCCCGACCGUGAUGAUAUUAAGAUCAAGCACCAUCCAGCUUCUGGCAAGCCAGACGAAUACUAUCGCUUUGAUGACUACAAUCCCCAGUCUGACAUCCGCCUGAAGCAGGCUUCAAUCCCAAUCGACCACGAGCCUUGGAAGCCGUUCUGA